GACGCAGGGGCAGGCGAGGCCGCCGCGCCGCUGCAGGCAAGCAAGCCGCUGGAUGCCCAACAGCUGCUGCGAGAGGCGGAGGAGGCGGCUGGUGAUGCCAGCACCGAGAUGCUGGACGUCCGUGGCCUGAAGCGCCUCACCCUGGCGCUGGAGCGCAAGUACAAUGCCAACCUGGAGGCGCGCAUGAAAUAUGCGGAGGCACCGGACAAGUUCAUGGAGUCGGAGGCAGACCUGGACGAGGCUGUGAAGGCCAUGCUGGUGGUUGCCUCGGCGCCAGACCUCUACCCAGAGCUCGUGACCAGCACCUCGGCUGUGCCCACAUUGCUGGCAUUGCUGAACCAUGAGAACAGCGACAUCGCGGCAGACGCGGUUGAGGCCUUGUCAGAGCUGACAGAUGGAGAUGCUGUGGAGGAUGCGGAGGAUGAAGCCACCGUGCUCGUGGAGAGCCUGCUUGACAAUGAUGCCCUCAGUCUGCUGGUGCAUCGCUUGGGCGCCUUCAACGAAAAGGUGCCAGAGGAGGCGUCCGCGGUUUACAACGUGCUGAGCAUCAUUGAGAACAUCAUUGAGGUCAAGCCCGAGGUUGCUGAGCUGGUACUGGAGAAGACCAAGGCAUGUACAAAUUUGUAUUUACUGCUCAAGUGGUUGCUGUCCCGCCUGCGCCCUCGGGAGGUGGACAGCAACAAGCAGUAUACCUCAGAAAUCCUGGCCAUCCUGGUGCAGCAGUCAGAUGCCAACAAACGCAAGAUCAGUGCUUCAAAUGGCAUUGAUGCCGUUCUGCAGGCCAUUGCGCCAUAUCGCAACAGGGACCCCGAAACAACAGAGGAGGAGGAGUUUGUGGAAAACUUGUUCAACAUUGUGGCAUCCUGCUUGCUGCUGCCUGAGAACAAGGCAGUGUUUGUCGAGGCUGAGGGUGUGGAGUUGAUGCUGCUUAUCUUGAAAAGCAAACGGGCCACACGCACUAGCGCCCUAAAAUGCCUCGACUUUGCCACUACUCGCUGCCCACCUGCCUGUGACCGCAUGGUGGAUCAGCAGGGUCUCAAAACCCUGUUUGCCAUCUUCAUGGGCAAACUCAGGGUAAAGAAGAAGGAUGAGUCGGGGACCAGCGAGGAGGAGGAACGCACCAUCAGCAUCAUCUCAAGCCUGCUCCAAAACAUCGCCAAGCAGACACGUCGUGACCGUGUGGCUGCCAAGUUUGUGGAAAAUGAGUUUGAGAAAUGUGACCGGCUGAUGGAGAUCUACUUCCGCUACGAGGCACGGGUGAUAGCCGAGGAGGCUCGGUUGGCAGAGGUGGCUGAUGAUGAUUUGGAUGAAGAAGACAUUCUGCUGGCGCGCAUGGAUGGAGGACUGUACACAGUUCAGCAGUGUGCGCUGGUGGUUGGAGCGCUGUGGCUUGUGGAAGACACAGGCAUACGCAAACGCAUCCUCAAGCUCUUGCAUCAAAAGGGCCGCACGCUAGCAUCUUUGCGCAGCGUGCUGCUGGAGUAUCGCGCCAACCUAGGCGAUGAUGGUGAGCGCAGACAGCCAGGUGGAGUUUGA